GGGUGGGGAGGGCGGGGAGGCAGCGGGAAGAGCGGAGGCGGAGAAGCGGAGGAGGACCAGGAGGAGGAAGGUGCUGAGGAGGGUCGUGGCGGACGCGAUGGAUUUGGCUGUGCCGGGGUCGGUGGUUGGCUGGGUGCCGUUGGGGCCGGCCGUGGUGGCCUUGCUUAUGUUUGGGAGUACCGUGUUGACGGGGAUGGAGGUUUGGGAGCGGUGCGGGCGGGAGGUGGCCGCUGCGAAGGGGGCGGCGCGCGGCGGGAGGUAGUGGUUCCGUAUGGCGGGGAGAGAGAGCAGAACCUGCUUGUACUGGUUGAAUCAAAACGCGUCGGAAGAGUGGACAGUCGAGGAUAUCAUCUGCGGUACACACAGCGUUCUGGCCCCGCCCGGCAACAGCAUGAAGCUCCCAAUGUUUGUCCACCUGCGUUGGAGAUAGGCCCCUUGAACGGCAUCGAACGGAGCUACUCACGGAUGAGGACGAGCAUGGAGAUCCCAAAGGCCGCAUCCACCAACGCAACGAAGGUAUCUUUCAGCCACGUCUUGCUCUGUCCCUCCGGGCGUUUGUCCAUCCGGCUCGGGACCGCGGCAGCGAGAGGGCGACGUUCCAGAACAGGGUCAGAAAGAGCUCGGUGGCGCCCUGGAGCCCUUCACGAUCCAGAGGAUGAUGUUGGCGAAGUGAAGGCGGCAACUAGGAGGCGCACGGCGAGGCUCAGCCGGUAGUGUCCUCUCCUCGUCGGCCGGUUGUCGCCGUACCCGGACUCGGGCGAGACCAGGCGCUCGUAUACCAUGCAAGCAAGCUGUUGUGGCUGUUCCGUCGUCACAGAAUGGGCCUGGAGAAGCAACUAAUAUGCAUCGUCGGCACUCAUUCAACGCCAUCCGAGUGCUCAGGGGCAGGGAAUCAGAUGGACGUGUUAUAGCGAGUGGCCUGCCCACGAAGCGCCUUACUGAGCAACUUGGUACUGUUUACCGUGUACGGAAUACUAUGGCGACGACUACUCCAAGGUUUGCGAGACACGAGAGGUUGGCCAACCAACGCGGCUCAGGCCCACUGAUUUUAUAUCGGUGCCUAGAGAGAGCUCCGCGCCCAUCAAGGUCCGCGCCCCCUUGAACAAUCACAUCAACGUCACUCCCGCUGCCGCUGUCGCGGGGCUUCCAUGGGCAGCUGCGCCAU